CUGUUUGGUGACUGUGACUGUAACAGCCUGUUUGGUGACUGUAACAGCCUGUUUGGUGACUGUGACUGUAACAGCCUGUUUGGUGACUGUGACUGUAACAGCCUGUUUGGUGACUGUGACUGUAACAGCCUGUUUGAUGACUGUGACUGUAAAAGCCUGUUUGGUGACUGUGACUGUAACAGCCUGUUUGGUGACUGUGACUGUAACAGGCUGCUUGGUGACUGUAACAGGCUGUAAUGUUUUGUUGCUGUAACAGGCUGUGAAGGUGAACUGAGGGUGAAGCAGGAACCUGGCUUCGUAGCGGUCUCCAGGGAACACGUCACAGAGGAAGACGUGGAUAUAUUCACAAAGGUCCAAGAGCUCUCGUCGCAGGUGAGUGAACUGUCCAAAAGAACCUUUCUCAAUCACACUUCUCACACCUAUCACCUAAUCAAUGUAAGUUAUAUGUAGCAUUUAUAGAUUAACAUUACAACCCCAAAAUCUACGUUUGUCAGAUGUUUUCAGACUUGAAAAUAAGUUUUAAUGUCACAAAGGGAAGGGUCCACAUCCCAAGUUUCUGUUUGAAGAUGCUGCCUAUGUCAGACUGAGAUCUUUGAUAUUGUUUGAAUGAAUGCUUGUGGUACGACGUUGAGACAUUUUUAUUUUGUAUUGUCGUGUUUAGAGAAAUGGAACCAUGACCAUCACUGACUCUGGACGAUACCCGGCCGUCAUUGAGUUUGGAAAGUAUGAAAUCCAAACCUGGCACUCUUCGCCUUACCCACCUGAAUACUCAAGGUACAGUUUAUUAUUUCUUAAACUCAGGUCGGACAAAUGGCGAUCAAUGCUAGGCUUUUUUAUUUUAUAAGAAAAUAAAUACUUUAUUAAUCCCUGAGGGGAAAUCGGUGUGUCAACUGAUUAGUUGAAAUCCAAAUUAUAGGCUAACUUUUGUCUCUGUUGUUGGCAGAUUGCAAAAGCUUUACCUGUGUGAGUUCUGUCUGAAGUACAUGAGAAGCAAGAACAUCCUCCAGCGACACGCCAAGAAGUGUGGCUGGUUUCACCCUCCAGCCAAUGAGAUUUACAGGAAGGACGACCUUUCAGUGUUCGAGGUCAGAGGUCACUCUUCAAAGUUGUAAAGCAAUGGGUGCAUCCCAAAUGGCACCCUAUUCCCUAUAUAAAAAUACCGCAAAGAUUUUUUCAGGACCCAAAUGGCACCCUAUUCUCCUUUUUUACCAGGGCCCAAUGGCGCCCUAUUCCCUUUAUAGUGCACUGCCCUAUGGGCCCUGGUCAAAAUAAGUGCACUUUAAAGGGUGCUGUUGGGACUAUGAUCAUAUGCUGGUGUAUGAAAUGUGACUGAAUGGUUUUGCAGGAGAGGUGGAAAGAAUCAACUGUUUGUUUCAAUUUGAACAUUGUUCUCAUGCUGGUUUUGUUCCGUGUUUAGGUGGAUGGAAAUGUCAGCAAGCUCUUCUGCCAAAACCUCUGCUUGUUAGCCAAGCUGUUCCUGGAUCACAAGACCCUAUAUUACGACGUGGAGCCUUUCCUCUUUUACAUACUAACAAAGAACGACGAGAAAGGCUGUCACCUUGUGGGUUAUUUCUCCAAGGUGAGGAUAUUCAAUAGAAUGAAAAAUAUGUUUGCUUAAUGCAGUGACAGUGUCUUUACUAUAUUAGUCCUCUUAAAAGCUAAAUGUAUUCUCAAGGGUUUGUGUGUGUGUGUGUGUGUGUGUGUGUGUGUGUGUGUGUGUGUGUGUGUGCGCCUGAGUGUGCGUGCACAAGUGUGUGUGUGUGUUUGCUUUAGACAAGGACAGUGGCAGGUGCAAUAAAUUGCCAGCUUCAGUGCAGCUCUGACAUACUUGAUCUGUUUCCCCUUCCCUCAGGAAAAGCUUUGCCAGCAGAAAUACAAUGUCUCCUGUAUAAUGAUCAUGCCUCAGUACCAAAGGCAAGGCUUUGGAAGGUUCCUCAUUGAUUUCAGUAAGUCCCUUAAAGCAUUCUAAGAACAUAAAACUCAAUUCCUGCUUGAUUCUAGAAUCCUUGCCUGAUUCUUUACAAUUUAAAAUAAUCUGUUUCCCAGCCAUACAUUUGUGCCACUAGCUAGGUUUCCAUCCAAUUGGUGACAGAUUUUCAUGUGAAUAUUCUAAUAUCCGCAUAAAAAACAAUCUGCACAUUUUCCCACCAGAGAUGUUUCCAUCAAAUUCACUUGUGGAUAAAAGUAUAUGCGUGAUGACGUAGUGCACAUAAAAAUCACUUUUGCUGUUAAAUUCCCAUUUACUGAAAAAAACAUACAAGUUAAAUGGGUUUCCAUCACAUUUUCAACUCUACUGAUGGUUUUGUCACAAAAAAAAGAGUAUUAUAUAGGGAACGUGCCCACUCUGGUCUUGGCACGUGCUCUCUAGCCAACAGCUAGCAGAUAGUGUGGGUAGGCUACCUACAUGAGAUUAUUAUGGACAAAAGAGCAAGAUUAUUUUUAUUUAUCAAACGGCAACCAAGCAUCGAUCAUCAUGUCACCAGAAUAAGACCCUCGAUAUUUAUUGAAAAGGAGCAUCAAGCUCAUCACCUUGCACAUUCAUCACCCUGUGAAGUUCAUCAUCAUUUUAUUUAAUCUGUAGCCUAAUAAACUGCAUGCUUUCCCCAGUCGUAGUGGGAGGACCCCACACCAUAUCAUCGCAUGACUCCAAGUUUACUUCGAUUUGAUAGUUAUUAUAUGGCCAUUUCUCGCAUAAUUUAUUUUACUGACACAAAAGAAGAUCCCACCUUGUCUAGCGUGUUUUGUUUUGUAGAAAUUUGGAAAGUUUACUGACAAAUUUGCUAUUUCCAUCAGGCCUGUGGUGACAUUUUGUAUCCGACGUACUUUACUCACAGAAAAAGGUGGAAACAUGGUUAAUCAGGUACUUCAAUUAUGUUGUGAAUUAAUUUAAAUGGGUAAGUCAAGGCAAUUUACAUGCAUAAGUAAUCAUGUUUUCAAUAAUAUAAUCAGGAAUUAUAAAGACGUAUUAGGUUACGUCUGCAUAAGUUAAUAUUUGAUAUCCAAUUACAUUUAGCAGCAUGUUUGCCUCUAGGGGUUCUUUAUUGGAAUAACCCUCCACUCUGAAUUUGGACUGUUUGUCAUAGCUAUUUUAUUAGUUCACGUUUUCCUCUUUGGAGUAGUAGUAGUAGUAGUAGUAGUGGUGUGUGCGUGGGUGGGUGGUAGAGUUGUAAUGGAGCAUUUGAUUUCCUGCUCACUUUGCCAGCAGCAUACCACCCUGCAUCCCACUGCUGGCUUGCCUCUGAAGCUAAGCACGGUUGGUCCUGGUUGGUCCCUGGAUGGGAGACCAGAUGCUGCUGGAACUGGUGUCAGAGGGCCAGUAGGAGGCACUCUUUCCUCUGGUCUAAAAAAAAUAUCCCAAUGGCCCAGGGCAGUGAUUGGGGACGUUGCCCUAGUUAGGGCACUACAGCCCUAUGGGCCCUGGUCAAAAGUAGUGCACUAUAUAGGGAAUAGGGUGCCAUUUGGGACAAAGCCACAGACAUUUUCCAAUAGCGCUCUCAUGGAGCUCAUCUCUGUUCUCUUCUUAAUUCCUCUCUUUGUUAUCUUUGCACAUUCUUAAUAUCACAUCCAGCCUCUCUGUGUCUCUCUGUCUGAACACAUUUUUUUUAUAUAUUUUUAUUUUACCCUUAUUUUAUCAGGUAAGUUGACUGAGAACACAUCCUCAUUUACAGCUUUUCUGCUUAUAUUGGAUUGUAUUAGAGGAACAAUUUGUCUCGGGUAGCUCGCUGUGAGAGGGAAAGCAUUAGCUCCGUUUACCAGCGUGAAUGCGGUUUUCUAGUCAUUACUCCAGAGGAUUCUGAAUAAGCUCUUUGUUUUGAUUUAAAGAUGGUAAAUCACAGCUGAUACAUUUAUAAAACACACAGAAUCAAAUAUGACUUGUUAGUGUUACGUUAUUAUUAUUAUCCGUGUUUUAGUUAGUUAUUCAUCUUUGUUCUAGCAGCUCAUUUAUUUGUUGUCAAUUAUUGGCUCUCCUCGUCUCAGCUUUGGGUAAUGAAUACUGUCAUAAUGACUGGAAUAUUAUGUAUUCAGUGUUUGGUGAUUAGAUGUGCUUGUUUGGUUCCUUGUAGUGGGUGCACACAUUAAAAUACAUUAAUUAAGUUCAAGCUGCUUAUAAUGGAUGACCCUUGACAGGACGGCUAUAAAACUAAUUACAUACAGACACAGCUACCUUUUUACUUUGUUUAUUUCCCCCUCUUCAUUAUCUCUGAUAAGUGCAACCUCUUGUGAGAAAUGACGUCCAGCUGCUUCUCUCCUCCAUUUGUUGUCGCUUUUCCUCUCCUCUCUUUUUUCGUUCACCCUCCUCUCCUCCUCCGCCUCCUUUGUUGCCCACGCCAGCAUCAUAGCAUCUGACGGAGGUUGAAGGAGAGGAAAUCUGAUAGCCUCCCUUUCUACUCUCUGCUACGUGAAAAUGAAGCGACGUCAGGAUGUCAUGGCACGUCAGAUUAUGAAUAUGUACUGCAGUCUAAGACAUGCAGCAGCAACAACCGAUUCUCGCUAGCUUGAGUAAAGCAUUGUGUUUUUGUCAGAAUGUCUUUUUAGGUUACAUACUAGCCUACUUUCUCACAACAUUGUAUUGUUUGAAGGUUACCUACCUUUUCAAAACAUGGCAGCGUUUACAUGCAGCCCAAUUCAGAUGUAUUUAUUUUUGCCCACUAAUUGGUAUGUUGACCAAAUGUUUUAAGAUGGUCAUACAAUGGAUCUUUUAGCUAUUUGAUUUUGAAUUUUAGGAUCCCUGUAGGUAUAAAAAAAUAUAUAAUUUUUUUGGGAUAAAAUACAGAAUUUACUAUUACUACUAUUCAUACAUGGCAAAACAGACAUUCAAAAAUGUUAUCAUAAGGAAUAAGGUUUUGAAGUGUCUGUCCUAUAUCUAGGAGAUAUAUAAGUAGGCUCGGGAAAUAUUUGUGUUUUUUGGACACAUAUUUAACCCCUUUUUUAUGUUGGCACAAAACUACCUCCAUACUUCCAUAAAAAACAAUUAAACCUGCACCGGUUUAGCAUCAGACGAGUCCUGUGACACUUGUGGGGGCCGUAGAGCAAAACGGAGAACACCCUCCUGUUCGUGAGAGUCUCAUCCUUUCAUAUUAGUUUGUAGGCCACACCAUUCGGACACUACAGAUGAGACUGAUUUUCAGGAUGUCAUGGUCUGACAAAUACAGCUGUAACUCGGUCCACCUUCCACCGCAGAUGCGGAAGCCCGACAAAGGUGGAUGGGGUGUAUUGAGACGCAGCCCGUGGGAUUAUUUUAUUACCUUACUUAGAUUGAAGCACAGGAUUUAAUCCCUUCUCACAUUGUUGAUUUGUUAUAAUAUAGGUACUGUCUUUUUGAAGUUAUGUCUUCUCACGCCAUGUUGUUUUGUUUGAAUGUGUCUGUUUCAGGUUACCUUCUGACGAGGCAGGAAGGACAAGCUGGCUCCCCAGAGAAGCCUCUGUCAGAUCUGGGUCGCUUAUCCUACCUGGCAUAUUGGAAAAGUGUCAUGGUAGAGUACCUCUAUAAGCAGCCAGAUAAACACAUCAGCGUUAAAGGAAUAAGCAGGGCCACUGGGAUGUGUCCGCAUGAUAUCGCCGCUACUCUCCAGCAUCUCUGCAUGAUUGACAGGCAGGACGGCAGGUCAGUCCUAACUCACACUCGUGCUGUGUGUGUGUGUGUGUGUGUGUGUGUGUGUGUGUGUGUGUGUGUGUGUGUGUGUGUGUGUGUGUGUGUGUGUGUGUGUGUGUGUGUGUGCACGCACCCUGUCUGACUCAGACUUAUUCAGGCCGCUGGGUAUUUUUAA